AUGUCUAUCUUAUCAGCCAAGGUACCUGAAGUAAUCUUUCAUGAUGUCGCAGCAUGGGACGCUACUAUAUCUGAAUUGAGAAAGCAGUGUGACGACCCCUUCAAGCCGGAUGAUUCCGAUUACAUAGUAUGCGGUAGAAGAAUACCCACCGCUAGCAAUGGCGCCCAAGCAUUUCCCGACGCCUACUAUAGAUUGAAAGAAGCCGCCUUGCGCGGUGAUCUUGCCCUGGCCAAAACGAUCUACGAGGACGAAUGGCUUCCACAUACCGCAACAGGCCAAUUUACCAACAAAGACCUGUACAAUGUCUUCCGUGAGGCUCUGAAAGCGCGCCACACACCCGUCGUCGCCUUUCUACUUUCUCAAAAUGGCCCGUUCCGGCAACAUCAUCCCGAGAUUGCUGUUGACCAUGGGAUGGAAUCUCUAUUGAGAGUUUUUAACAAUCGUCCGCUUUGUGAAUGGUUUCUGUCCCAUGGAGCCGACCCCAUCGUUCAAUGCAGCUACGGCUGGACGCCCUUAACAACGGCCAUUGAGAAUGCAUCACGCGAUGUCAUCGACCUAUUAUUCGAGCACGGUGGCUCGAUCGAACAUGGGCAGCUAACCCAUGCCGCCGUACGUCGAACAUUGCCGGAUUGUUUGGAGGUCAUCCAGAUGCUUCUCGACAAAGGUUGCGACAUCAAUACAAUUCAAUAUCACAACCACAAGCUCUCUUACGAGCAUUGGAACAAUUUCAUGGCCUUGGGAAUUCCACUCCACACGGCCGCCGAAAACGGUCGGGUUGACAUUGUGAAGUUUCUUUUGGACCACGGUGCGGAUCCUAAGCUGCGUGACACAAAGGGCUUCCUUCCAACCGACAAUGCGAAGAACAACAACCACCCCGAGAUUUCGACCUUCUCAAGUCUUACGGCUUCUCGCGGCUGA